CGUGUGCCCAGCGGCUGUGAGAGAGGCGGUCGACGUGGAAGCAGCAGCUUCGCGGCCAACUUCCGGGUUAACGGCGGCGGCCGCGGCGGCGCAGGGGGUCGGCGCGGUUUCUCUGAGAGGGAAGCGACGCGGGAAAGCGCCUCAGCCAUGGGUGAGGAAAGGGCCCUGAGGCGGCCGGGCUGCUGAGGGAGAAGCGGGGCGGGUGAAGCGGUGGCGCAGCUGCAGGCCGGGCGGGAAGCAGGUCGCCUGGAAACGGCGGGGGCGAGAGAGAGAGGAGCGUGUCUCUCCCCCCCCGAGGGAGGCCACUCGGUGCGCUACGUUUCCCCAGGAUGGUUCUCGUUCCCGUGUCGCAGCAGGCGAGGAGUUUCCCUCAGGCUGGGGCCGUAGGGAAAAUCCCCUCUCGCGGCAGCUCGUUGGGCCAGACGCAGCCCGGGAGGGAGGUGCACCUUCGAGUGCCUUGCCCGGAGCGGAAUCCUCCCCGCUUCCCUUCGUGUAACGUUACGCGGCGCCCUUUCUCCCGGCCGCUGCUGAGGAGGCCGGCUUUCCUUCGCCCGGCUGCUCUGCCGAGGGCGGGGAGGUUCCUUCGGGGUCCUCGCCCACCUGGUCCUUGGCCUGGGCUCCCGCGCCAGCUCCGCCUUCCUCCGGUGCGUGCGCUGCCUCGCCUAUCCCAGCGCCACCCGAAGCCACUUCGCUUUUGGGGAAGGACCUGGGAGCAGCACACCCACCACGUUCCUCGGGAAAUCCCGGAACCCUCCAGAUGUUGUUGGACUCCAGCUGCUCUCAGCCCUUGCCUGCCUGACCAGUGCUCAGGGAUGAUUACUUACCCUACAGGAGGCUUGUUUUCUUGGGCUGUCUGGUUUCACCAAAGUAACUUCCUAUUUCUGAUGACUAGAAGAAAAAAGAAAUGUCCUGGAAGAUUUUGUAGAUUGCUGUUGUUCAAUAAAUAAUUGUUAAGGCUCCGCCUGUUGAGUCUUCAUGGGUUUAUCAGCCUUCUGAGGUACCUGUGUGGCCUGCUCCAUAAUGAAAGACCGUUUUUCUUCUUAAUUUGGGGAAAGCAGAUUUUGGUGGAAAGAGACAGGCCCCAGUAAGGGAUUCUGCACUCCUGCCAACUAAUGCUAGGAGAAAACAAACCGUGAUCCUUGGCAUGGCGUUAUGUCCAAAUGGUUUGUUUUGAUCCAGCAGGCUACGAUUACUAAAUUAAGGAGAAAUCUUGGUUACAGAUUAGGGUUUGGUCGGAAUGAAGCAAACCAUGAUGUAACACUGGGGAUCAUGAUUUGAUUUCUCCCAGCUCAGGAGGAGUGAUAUGUGAUUUUGUUCAUACACAAUAAAUCAUGGUUUAUGGUUUACCAUGAUUUAAGAGCGUGGCCAGUAUGAGUGCUCUUUAGAGGUAAUUUUGUGAAAUCUGAAUGAUACUCUGUGGGUGUGGGUGUGGUUGGAGUGGUGGUUGAAUUAGCAAGGGUGUGAUUGUAGGCUUCUUGGGUAGGGUCCUUUUAUUCAUAUGACACUGAGAUAGCUCAGUUGGUAGAGCAUGAUCCGUGUUGUCCCUUUUACCUAUACAAUUCUGUGAGGUUUCUGUGACUCUGGUAUUGAGGAAGUUUAUUUGUUUUGGAAACUCUCCAGACCUAGAUAGGGGAGGGAGGAAUUGAAGUUACAGCAGAAGUCUAAUAGAGAGUCUACCUUGCCAUGUAGACAGGAUAGCUCAGUUGGUUAGAGCGUGCAGCUGAUAACGCCAAGGUUGCAGCUGCAUAUUCCUGCAUUGCAGGGGGUUGGACUAGAUGAUCCUCAGGGUGCCUUCCAGCUCUGAUUCUUUGUCCAGAUUAUAGUAUAUAUACAGGAAUCAUAGGGCACAUUUGCAGGAGCCUUAUACAAAACAAGUGUUGAACAAUCUUACAUUCUGUUCUUCUUGGAGAAGAAUUUGUAUGCUCUUAUACUGAAGCGUCUGUAACCCGAGGUAUGACUGUAAGACCUUUCCCCAAGAAAUCUGUCUUACCUCUUUUCACAAGAGCUUUGUAAACAAGCUGUUAAUAUUUGAUAGUCUAUGAUAAUGCAGUUCAGUUUUGACAAUUAUUCUUGUUCUCUAUAGGUGGGUUUUUUUCAACCAUCUUUUCCAGUUUAUUUGGUACGCGGGAGAUGAGAAUUCUAAUUUUGGGAUUAGAUGGAGCAGGAAAGACAACAAUUCUCUACAGGUUGCAAGUUGGAGAAGUUGUGACUACCAUUCCUAGUAAGUGUUCUUCUAAAUGUAACACAAUGCAUCACAUGUAAUGCAAUGCUCUAUGUUCUGUUCACUCAUACAUUGUUAAAUAAGGUUUAAAUGUGGCAAGCUCAAAUUACUGAAAUGCACCUAAAACAGAUGUAAUUUGAUUGACAUCAGUCUGUCUCAGGACAUAAUGGAGGAGUGCACCUUUGGAGGUGAAGUCAAACUGUUGGAAGGUUGCAGCGCCUGCUGUGGCUGUAGAGCAGAGGUCGGCAAGGUUUACCUCACCUGGGCUGGUUCACUCCAGCGGAGAUCCCUCUGUGGGCUAGAUUGCACGCGCCCACAAUUUUCUGUGUCUGCGCAGAUGCAAUUUCCUGCAUCUGCAUCUGCACAGACGCGAUUUCCGGCGCUGCUGAAGCGAGUCCCCGCGCUGUGCCAGUUUAGGGCAGCUCGGUUCAGGGGUGGCUCAUGGGCCGGUUAAAUGACCCCCUUGGGCCGCUUGUGGCCCAUGGGCCGCAGGUUGCCUACCCCUUCUGUGGAGACUGAUAUGGGAAAGAUGAAGGAGUCCAGUUGCGCUGCUGCAGAUGCACCAUGGUGUUUCUUCUCUCUCUGCUCCUCCCAGUGUCACUGCCUUAAAUCACUAAAAAUUAGAAAUUCUAAUUUCUAACUCUUUGAUAGCACAAUCCUAUUGAUGUCUGUUCAGAAGUAAGCCCCACUGAAUUCAAUGGGAUUUAUUCUUGAGUAAAUGUUUAUAGAAUUGCAACCUUGAGUAUCUAACAUUAAUUCUAAAGAAAUGUGUAUUCAAAUAUGGGCAGAACAAAUACCCGCUAAAUGAGCCUAUGGUUUGUUUCUAGGUCAUCCUAAUUAGAAAAUCAGGAUUGUAGGAGGGAUUCACCUAAGAAUCCUUGCCAGUGGAAGCCCUGUGCAAGGACUUUCCCCUGAAUAGUGGGGCUUCCCCCACUCUGCCCCAAAAGUAGUUCUGAAGGGAGUUGGGAGAAUCCCAGAGCAGCACAUGAGGAAGAGAGGGUGGGUCAUUCCAACUGGCAAGCCACUAUUUUAUUGACUCAUAAAAUAGUGUCUUGGAACAGAAACUAACAUAUGUACCAUUAAAGAUGUUGUAUAUUCAGAUUUCCACAAAAGGAUUUGGUUUGCAACAUUAAAAACAACGAACUUUUUUCUUUUCCAGCAAUUGGUUUCAAUGUUGAGACAGUAACCUACAAGAAUCUGAAGUUCCAAGUCUGGGACUUAGGAGGACAGACAAGCAUCAGGUAUAGCACAUCUGGGGGGGAAAGCACAGGAGUGCAAACCCAGGACAUGGCUUCUGAAAUACUGUAUUUAACUCAGUGCUUGAGGUCCUUAAGAAAUUCCGCAAUGGUUAGAAAAGAACAUGAUCUGGUGUUACAAAAUUGGCCUGAUUUUAGUUAGGUAGAACAUAUUUUCUUACUGCUAAUUGUCAAUACAGUUAAAAAUCUGAUUUCUAAAAUGUUUAUUAUGACAUUCCAGUUUGAAAAAAUAACUUCCCAUGAAGUAACUUACUUACUUCAGCAGAACUGAGCAUACUUGGUGAAUUUCUUUGUGGGUUUGAAGCUGCUUAACCUGAACUUGACUUCAUGUGCCCUUCCUAAGAUUUAUUUCCCCUUUUUUGCCACUAAAAUUCCUUGAUAAUGGAAAGUAGACUGGAUUUUUGAAGGCACACAAGUGUUACUGGAUCAGUUUAUGACCGCUUGUGACAUAAAUAGGAAAUAGUGUGAGGGUUUAGCUACUAGAUAUUAGUAGAUAAGACAUAAAAUUACAGAUUGUAUGUCAGAGUUUAGUUUUUUCCUUUAUCAGACAUAAUCUUCCUAAAUUUAAUCUAUGGUUAUGCCUGAAAAGGGUAGCCAGGAAAUAAUGAUGAUUGAGCUGUGAUUGUUUCACCUGAUACAUUUUAAAUAAUAACAUGUUUAUUUUCCAGGCCGUAUUGGAGGUGUUACUAUUCCAAUACAGAUGCAGUCAUUUAUGUAGUUGACAGCUGUGACAGGGACAGAAUUGGAAUUUCAAAGUCUGAGCUUGUUGCCAUGCUGGAGGUAGGAAACCUGAGGUUUUUGUUCUUUUGUUUUUGUUGUUUUUUAAAAGAUAGUUUUAGACACUCUCAGUGAACUUAGUAAAACAAUUAUGAAAUGGACCAACCUUACUAUCAACCUGAGAGUGUUUUAGAUUUGUACUGCUGUUUCUGUAAGUUUUCAUGUAUUUAUUGGUGGGGGGAAAUUUUCCACGCCCAACCUGUUGCAGCAUCUGUGUAUCCCUUGGAGUUUUGGAACUUCAAAUGUGUUUCAUAAGUCAUAUGCAAAUACAAAGUGUUUGAUUUCUGUACUUGUACCACAUGAGCAAAGAGUAAGGAUUGGGAUGAUUCUUGUAAUUUUGCUCAAGUUUCUGGCUGCCUUCAGUUAAGAACAGUGCAAAGGGAUUAGGGGCACUGCAGGAGAUUAUAUACCACUAGCCUUUACUAAUUUUUUCACUCCUAAGCAUGUUUUAAGACCAUGAGGAUCCAUUAAAUGCCUUUUUCUACCCCCUGAUCUUAUACUAGCGGCCAUGGAAGAUUUAGCUGUUCAGGCAACUGCACAUAGAAUACAUCUGGAUCAGGUGUGGAGAACCUUUGGUCCUCCAGAUGUUGUUCCCAUCAUCCUUGGCCAUUGUCUAUGCUUGGUGGGGCUGAUGCGAGUUGUAGUGCAGCAACAUCUGGAGGGCCCAAGGUCCCCACCCGAUUUAGAUGCAUGGCUAUAAGGAUGAUACAUUUGAACCUUCAGCAUCUGAACAUAAGUGCUCACACCUAAUAAUGUAACAUCAAAUACAGCCUCAUCAAUGGAACUUCUCUCAUAUAGUGAUUUCUAAUGCAAAACUAGCAGGAAAGAAUUCUUAAAUACUUUAAGUUUUUUAAAAUUGUAAAUAAAAAAACCAAACCCAUAACUGAAAAUCAGUUUUUCAGUCAGCCUGUCUACUGUGCUUUAGGUAUUUUGCAUGACUCAAGGCAAGACUUAAUAAUACACUUUUGUGACAUAAUCUGCCAUCUCUUUUAGGAGGAAGAACUAAAGAAAGCCAUUUUAGUGGUAUUUGCAAACAAACAAGAUAUGGAACAGGCUAUGACUCCAACAGAAAUGGCAAAUGCACUUGGACUUCCAGCUCUGAAGGAUAGAAAAUGGCAGAUAUUCAAGACAUCUGCAACCAAAGGCACUGGACUUGAUGAGGCAAUGGAGUGGUAAGUACCACAGGUGUUAAAUUCUUAAGGUUGUGUCUAUGUAGCAUAGAGCCUGCUGAGCUACAAGGCAUCUUGCUGUAACUAAGUCUUCAUAAUUGCUUUAUCAUUCUAUAUACAUGUAAUCACAAAGCCGAAUCUUUCUAGGUUGGUGGAGACUUUGAAGAGCAGACAGUGAAAUGGACUUGGAAGUUUCCUUCAGCUGUCAUAUGAAUGAAAUGCAAUUCUGUAAAUAGGACUGGCCGAAUAACUUUUGAAAGGAAUGGGGCUUCUUUGCAUUGUAAAUCACACUGAAUCAACUGAAUGUUUGUCUGUAUACUAUGUUUAAAAUACUACAUUCUUUUUUGUGUAAGUUAUGUAACAUCAAUUUUUAUGACAGUCAUAACUGAUAGUCCAUGAGAAUAAAUUGGAAUAAACAUUUGCUACUUAGAAUUCUAAGUGUUUGAAACUAUUUAACACUAAUAAAUAUAUUUAACUAUC